AUGGGCGACCUGCUGGCGCAGCUGCUGGCGGCACAGCACGCUAAGUCGAGCGGCGGCGAUGCGGCUAGUUGGGACGCGCUGCGCACGCUGCGCAUGUUUGGCUUUGGCUUGGCCUGGUACGGCCCCUACCAGUUCUACUGGUACAACCUGCUGGACUGGGCGAUGCCCGUCAAGAACACAGCCAACUUUGUCACAAAGGUAGUCCUGAACCAGGUGGCCCUGGCCCCCGUGGUGCUGGCGGUGGUGUUCUCCUGGAACCUGGCGCUGACGGGGCAGGCGGGCGGCAUACCCGAGAAGAUCCAACGCGACCUCGUGCCCAGCAUGGUCAACGGGUGGAAGUUCUGGAUCCCAGCAGCCAGCAUCAACUUCUGGGCCAUCCCCGUGGACAAGCAGGUGCUGUACAUGUCGUGCUGCGGCGUGCUGUGGACCGCCUACCUGUCAUACGCGUCCGCAAACGUCGUCGGCCGCCAGCGCCAGGACGCGCGGCAACAAGCCCUGCCCGCACCCGCGCCGGAGCCCGAGCCGCAGCCUGCGCGCAAGGCAGGCGCAAAGAAGCGGGAGCGGCGCGGCUGA